AUGUUCGACGCCUACGCGCCAAGUGAGGUAGCUCUACGGCUACCUCUGGAAAUCACAUGUAUUUCCUAUCAGAGUGAGUAAUUCAAUCAUUUUAAUAAUCGUGAAUCUUCAGAAUCCACCCAAAGUAUCCUGGCCGGCGGGAAAUCCGGCCAUCUCUGCGUCUACACGGCCAAUCCGAGUAAUUUUUCGUUUUUUGAAGUUUUAAAAAAAUUCAAUUUACAGAUCGGAAGGGGUUUAAACUAGCUAAUGUCUGUAAAACCUUUGAAAGAUCGAAAAAACCGGUGACAGAAAUAUCGAUUUGCGAGAAAGAGGACAUUUUGCUGUGUGUUUCUGAUGGGCAGGUAUUGGAAACUUUAUAAAAAGGUACAAAAAUUGGGAAUUUUUCAGCUAGCCGCCCACCGACUUCACGACAACCUCUUUGAGGUCGAAACUUUGCUUCAUAAGGUCAAAUCGGUCCAUACUUAUACUCAAUUUGUACCCAAGGUUCGCUCAGAAAUCAAAAAAAAAUUGUUUUAAUUUAAUUUUCAGGGUUCCAGUGAAAUCUACCUACUAGUUUCAUCGAAAAAACGGCUUUAUUUAUUUAAAUGGGGUCUGAAAGACGGCCAGAAAGAGUUUUUGGAAGUUCAGCUGAAUUAUGAGCACACCUUUUUGGACAAUCCAACUUGUAUUCGGUAUUUUUUCCUUAUAUACUCUAGUGGCCACUUGAGAGGUUCUUUAAGGGGGCUCUAUAGGGUCGUCAGUUAGUGGUCCCUCUAGGGAAGUGUUUUCUAGAAGGGCAAAACUUUAGUGGUCACUCAAGGGGUUCCUCAAGGACUAAUUGGAGAGGAUAGUAUAGUGGCCACUAGAAAAACCUCUAUAGAAGCCACUAUUUUGCGUCUGAGUGGUCACUUUAGUAGUUUUUAUUGUCUUGCAGUACCACUUAUAGUUCUAAAAAGUUACCGAAGUUUAGACGCUUAAGUGGCCGCUAAUUAGACUACUAUAGUGGCCCUUAGAACCUCAAAACUCUUAAGUGGCCCCUCAAAACCUUCUCAGCUCCCUUAUAAGAGUUUUAGUUCUAGGGAAACAUUUCUAUUUGAAAAAAUCAAUAAAUUACCGUUUUCUAAUACAAAAUAUCGGUGGUAUGAAAAAAACACCAGCGAAAAUUCAAACGGCGACUUUUCCGAUUUUUUCAAAUCGCUAGGGAACUUUCCGACGGCCACCUUUCCGCCGAAUCUUUUUUUCCGACUUUUUUCCCUUAUAUUUUUUUCUGUUCAUAAGACAUCUAUUUACAUUUUUUUCCUAUUUCUUUGUGUUUUUAAUCAUGAACCAACUACCUACUUCAUAUAGGAAGAUUUAAAACGAAGAUUUUAUCGAGAAAAAAAGUCGGAAAAAGAUUCGGCGGAAAGGUGGCCGUCGGAAAGUUCCCUAGCGAAUUGAAAAAAUCGGAAAAGUCGCCGUUUGAAUUUUCGCUGGUGUUCUUUUCAUACCACCAAAAUAUCAACUGGGAGAAACUCUAGUGGCCACUUAAGGGGUCCUCAAGCAUUUUUCGGAGAGAACACUAUAGUGGCCACUGAAAAAAUCUUUAUAAAGGCCAAUAUAUUGCGUUUUAGUGGCCACUAUAGUAAUUUUUAGUGUUCUAGUACUACCAUUUGGGCUUCUAAGAAGGCCAAUAAAUUUUAGCCCCUUAAGUGACCACUUUUUCGACUACUAUAGUGGCCACUAAAAAUAAAGGAAUUUCCUUUCAGUUGCGUCAAUGAUACCAUGUUUCUGGCGGCUCGAGACGAAUAUUUUCUGAUGACUUUGGAAAAAAUCAGCGCCGUCGAUGAUGAAAAUGAGGUUUCGGUUUCGAAAAAUUUAUAAAUUAGGUCUUUUUUAUCCAGUAGUUAUUCUUUUGAGUGGGCAGAAUCGAAUAAUUUGUUUAUUUUUGUCGAAAAAUGGAAUAUUUUUAAAAAGUUCCAGUGGUCCCUAUAGGGCCCUGAAAGGAAAAAGUAGUCCCUGAAGGGAUUUCAAAUAGUGGCCACUUUAGGGAAGCAGGCUAGUGGUUUUUAAUUUUUAAAUGCUGGAAAAAAAAUCGAAAAAACCCUAAAAGGAUCUCUUCUAUUUUAUCCCUUGAGGCAGCACUUUUAUGUCUUUUUUUUGCGGCUUAUUUCUCCCUAAACCCUCUAGGGAUCACUGGGGCUUUCUUUUUUCCUCAUCGGCGCUGUUCCCACUCGAAAACCCACUUUUUCCAGUCCUGGAACUCGACGAUUCGCCGCCUGAUGUCCUUCCAAGGGGUCCCUUCAGUGGUCCCAAUGCUGGAUCGACAACUUAUCGCUUUCGUUCGAAAUGACAUAGUUGUGACGACGAAUUUCGAAGGGGAAAGGACCCCGAAAUGCAAAGAAUUCAAGUUUUCUGAAGCUCUUUUGGACUUAGGUGGGUUUUUCCAAGAGUUUACUUCUUCAAUUUAAUGCUUCAAGCUGAGUUUUGAGACUGAUAAAUCCAAACGAUAGAUUAAAGAACUUGAAGAGACGCCAGAGAAGCUAGACAAAUCUCAUUUCUCUGACGUCUCUUCAUGUAGCCGUUGAUCUAUCGAAUCUAUCAUAAAACUUUUGAUUUUAACUCAUUUUACGGUUUCAAGAUUGGUUCUUAUUUUGACGUGUUCGCGAAAUUUUUGAUUCGGUGUCCUCUAAUUGUUCACGUUUAGUAUCCUAGAAAAAGAUGAUGAAAGAAAAAAUUUAAAAUUUGAAAAAUUUUUGAAUUUAGCAGCUUUUUUCAAAAAUUGGUUUUCCGAAAAACCUCAAAGUUUUAGAAAUUCAAGGAAAAUUGGGUUUUGAAAGUUCGAAAUUUGAAAUUUUUUGAAUUUCUCGUGAAAUUUCUGACUUUCACGCAUUUUACAGUUUCAAGUUUCGUACUUAUUGAGGGUGUUUGUGAAAUUUUUAUUCGUUGUCCUCUGGAUUUUUUAUGUUUAGUUUCCCUUGUGCGAAUUAAAAAUCAGCGAUUUCUAUCAUUUCGUCAAGAAAAUUUCUAGUUUUUAUUGUCCCUAUGUACAUUAGAGGGUUAAUUCAUGUUGAAACACACAAAAAAUUGAAAAAAAAAACUUUCUAUUUUUAUAUAUAACAUCAUAUUUUCGUUAUAGGAACGUUAAAAAUCAAGGAAAAUUUGACGUUUUCCUUCGAAAAAGCUCCCUUUUCCCGGAUUUUUUGUUCAUAUCAUUGAUUUUUCUCUCUUUUUUGAUUUUAAGGAGAUCCUUUUUAGUAUACGACGCUCCUUAUUUGGUGGCUCUUUUGGCGAAAGGCCGCGUCGAGGUCCGCUCCGCACUCAACAACACUCGGAUCCAGACGAUGGCUCUGAACAAAGCCAUGACUAUCGUCAAUGGCCAUAGGUACUUCGGAACCCGAGAGUGGUCCCUAUAGGGGCCAGAAGACCUUGCAAAAGUGGUCCUGGAAGCAUUUCCAUGCGGAAAAAUGAAUAAUUGUCUUUUGAAUAAAGUUGAAAGACCCCUAGAGGGACCACUUGAGCUUUAAAGACUAAGAAGUCAUACCCUAAACCCCUAGAGGGACCACUUGAGCUUUAGGGGCUCAGAGAUCAGAAAACAGACCCCUAUAGGGACCACUUGAGCAUUAAAGGCCUAGACCCUUGACCUUUACAGGGAAUACUUAAACUUAGGUGCUCAGAGAUCAGAAAGUAGACACUAUAGGGACCACUCAAGCUUUAGAGGCUCAGAGAUCAGAAAAUAGACCCCUAUAGGGACCACUCAAGCUUUAGAGGCUCAGAGAUCAGAAAAUAGACCCCUAUAGGGACCACUUGAGCUUUAAGGGCUCAGAGAUCAGAAAAUAGACCCCUAUAGGGACCACUUGAGCAUUAAAGGCUAAGGAGUCAUACCCUAAACCCCUAUAGGGACCUCUUUUUGAUCCCCUAUAGGGGCUCUUUGUUUCCUGAAUCCCUGUAGGGACCACUCUGGAACUCCUAAGUACAGGAAAAACUAAACCCCUGUAGGGACCACUUUUGCAAGCUUCAGUGCCUCCUUUUAGGGUAACCAUAGUGGUUCAUAGAGGAGCCUCUUCAAGGGCUUUAUUUUCGCCCUUAUAGGGACCACUCUGAUGUCCCCAAGAGACCUUUGGAGAAUUCUUUUUCCAGUGGCCACGUCUACGUCGGCUCAGCUUUCGACAUCUGGCAGCUGGACACUUCGAUAAAUCUACGCAAAAACGUCCAACAACUCAUUUCGGACCGCGAAUUCGAGCUCGCCAUCCAAUUGGCUGUCCGUUUUGAAAAAAAUUCAACAAGGAAAUUUGGGUUUCCAGGACUCUUCCAACGUCUUCACGGAAGAUAACAAGGUCGAAAUCAAAAGACAGGCGGCCCUGAAUUUAUUCAAUCAGAAAAAGUUCGAGGAAUCGUUCGCCCUCUACUCGGAAAUCAAAACUGGUGGGUUUUUGAGGGAAAAUCGAGGAAAAUUGGAAUUUUUCGAAGUUACCCCUUUAGGGAUCCAUUUUAUACAGGUAAAAUGAGACUUUUUGCGAAAAAAAAAUGGGCUAAUUUUUCUUCAUAUUUUUAGCCUAAUUUAAUUUUUUUUCUUGCAGAAAUGUAGCUUAUCCACUAUGAGCAUUCACCUUAUAUGUUGAAAAUUUGGAAGAAACUCAUGAAAUUAAGCAUUUUAUUUAAAAUUUGCUUCAAAAAAAUAGUCAAAAAAAUGCAGGAAUUUUUCGUUUUUUUGUUCAUUUUCCAUUAGGUUUUUUUCUCCCAAAUACUUUCAAAUUUUUUUAAAAAAAUAAAAUUCUCCCUUAAAUUCCACGGAACAAACAAAAAUUGUAAUGUUUUUUGGUCCUCUAGAUGACAGUCCAAAAUUUUUCCACUUUUUCAAAAAAAAUCCUCGGGCAAAGUCGGAAUGGUGUAUAAUGGCUGCUAAAAGGGAGAGGCUCAAAAAAGGCCGCAGACAGGCAGCAAAAAGGCAGCAAAGAGACUCCCUUUAUCGAGCCUUCCAUUUUUCUGGGAUUUUAAAGGCUCGAGAAAUGGUGGAGAAAGGGAGAGGCAGCAAAAAUGGUGCAUAAGGGCUGAGAAAAUGGUGCAAAAAGGCAGCAAAAAGAGAGCCUUCAUCACCUUAAAAGGAACAUUUCUAUGGUCCUUUAUGGACCCUCGGAGGGUUCUUCCGACUUUGCCUAUGUCUCUGUUCAAAAAAGGAGCGAUCCUGAAAAAAUCAAAAAAAAAAGCACUGAAAUAGUUCUAUCUUGAUGUAUAAACUACUAAAAAGCUUCCCUAGAGUGGUCACUUAGGCAAGCUUGAGGGGGCUCUUUAAGGGGGAGUGAGGGGGGCUUUUUGAUCCUAACAGGGCAGGGGAGGUCAUUUUACUUUGCGGUUGAGAGUUUCCUGAAAUUUGGCCAGAACGCUUAUUGAUCUUAGCCAGAAAAAUUUCCUAGUUUUUGAGAAAUAAGGGUCCAAAAUAGCCUAUUUUUAUGGAUUUUAAGACUUCGAGGCGUCUUUUCUCAAAAACCAGGAAGUUGUGCAGAGUGAAACUUUCAGAAUCUUCUUCUGAUACGUCAGGGAGUAUCCUGGCCAAUUUUCAGGAAAAUCCCAACCGCAAAGUAAAAUGACCUUCAUUGUAAGCAAGCAAGAGCCGUUAUUAAUUUUAUUUUGAAUGGAAGAUUGAAUAUUUCUCACUGAAAAUCCCAUCUAAGGCAUUUUUGGUCCAAAUAAAACAUUCUAUUGGUUAUUAUCGACUUUCCAGACGUCCUCACGAUAAUCUCACUGUUCCCGGAACUUUUACCGGAACAAAUGCGAAGGAACACGUUUUCCCCGGAUUUGGCGGCCAACGACAAAUUGAGAGCCAUGUUGGCCUUGGGAAAUUACUUGGUCGAGGUUUGGAAAAAAAAAAUCAAUUUAUGCAAAAAUUGUGAAUUUUUAUUGAUAUUUGUGCGUGAAUCGUCUGUUUAGCGUUUAUUUAUUCUCAGGUAGUUAAAAAAAAAAAGUUGAAAAGGGGAAGUAACUUAGAAGCACCGGAGUGGUCCCUAAAGGGGUCAGAAAUGAAAAAAAAAACCCUAUAGGGUCAAGCGUCUGACCUUCGACCCCCUAAAGCUCAAGUGGUCACUUUAGGAGUUUUGAAAAUCGGAAAGAAAAACAGGAUCAACAGUAAAAUGUUGAUAACGAUAUCUCAUUGGAAAUAAAAACCCCUCUAGGGACCACUUGAUCUCAUUUUCACAUAGGAACGCCAGAGGGGUCCCUAGAGAGUCAAAACAGCCCUAUGAGGACAAAAAGUGGUCACUAUAGGGGCUUAGGGUCUAACUUCUGAGCCCCUAAAGUGAUCCCUAUAGAGCCCUAGUUGUUCAGAUUUUCGGAUCAAAAUGGAAAAAUCGAUCAUUUUUUUCUAUUUUGUGUUCAAAAAAAAAAUCUUUUAGUGAAUUUUCUGCGUGGAAAUGCUUCUGUAGACUACAAUAAACGGCGUUCCCUAAAGGGGCCCCUAACUAAACCCCUAAAGGGGCCACUUUCGCAUGCUGUAGUGCCUUCCAAUUUGAUGCCUUCAUGAGAUUUCUACGCAAAAAAUCAUUCUGUGGUGUUUAAAGGAGCAUACCCAAGUUAAAUAAAGGUUUUUGAAGCGAAGAGCCGUUUUCAGUGUUUUUUUAGAUAAAAUUUUAGAAAAACGGCAAAAUUUUGGCAAUGAAAGGCUUCUGAGUCUUGAGAGAACAAGAAUAAUUUAUUCUGUGUUGUUUAAAGGAGCAUACCCAAGUUAAAUAAAGGUUUUUGAAGCGAAGAGCCGUUUUCAGUGUUUUUUUAGAUAAAAUUUUAAAAAAACGGCAAAAUUUUGGCAAUGAAAGGCUUCUGAGUCUUGAGAGAACAAGAAUAUUUUAUUCUGUGUUGUUUAAAGGAGCAUACCCAAGUUAAAUAAAAGAUUUUGAAGCGAAGAACCGUUUUCAGUGUUAUUUUCAGUCGAAAUUUUAGAAAAAAAGAAAAAAUGUUUGAGAUUUUUAACAAAGAAUAAAGAAAAUGAGUGAGUUUUUGCAGGUCAGGACCGACUACGCGAAACAAAUCGAGUCGGACCAAAGGCAUAAAGCUUCGGGAGACCGUAGGUUGACCGACGAAGAAGCUCGACAGUUGAUGAUCACCUUGAGGGUGGUCGACACGACCCUUCUCAAGUGCUACCUUAAGGUUUUUUAGGGGUUUCCGACGGAUUUGGGACAGAAUAACUCUAAAAAGAAAUUUGUAAGGUGGAAAAGUUGGAUCAUGCAAAAAUUGCUGAAAAAAGAACAUUUUCUGAAAGAAAGCCUCGGAAAUAAUCGUCUUUUAUGACUUUUCAUCGAAAAAGGGCGUUUUUAGCGGUUUAAGAAGUGUGGAAAGUAGAGAAUUCUUUCAGUUUCCCAAAAAAUAAAAAAUAAAAAAACCGAUGGUAUAAGAAAAAAGAGCUUAGAAGUAGCGUUUUCAACACUUUUUAGGCAUUGAAAAUGAAAAAAACCUUUUGAAGACCCUCCCAGGCAUUAUUCCUGGACAUUAUAAUCAGAAAAAUAGCUUUCAAAAAAAUUUAAAAAGUGUUGCAAAAAAAGAUUUUUGUUCAGGAAAAGUCGAAUAAAAAAAUCAGAAAAAAAUUACCUUUUUUUGGAUUAAUGAGAGGAGCUGGCGGGUUUUUGGAGGUACUUAAAAAUAGUUUUUCAAAAACAUUUUCUGGCACCUUUUAAUGACCUAAUGGGGAGAAUUGUUUUAUAGAAAUGUUCCUUUUUUGCUGCCUUUUUGCGCCAUUUUCUCGGCUAUUAUGCACCAUUUUUGCUGUCUCUUCCUUUUUCACCAUUUCUUGAGCCUUUGAAAAUCUCAGAAAAAACGGAAGGAAAAACGGAAAAAACGGAGGUUCGAUAAAAGGACCCCUUUUGCGGUCUUUUUGCUGUCUUUUUGCGGCCUUUCUGAGCCUCUUCCUUUUAGCGGACAUUAUUCACCAUUUUGACUUUGCCCGAGUUCUUGAAAAGUCGCUUUUCUUGUUCAUUUUUGACCUUUUUUCCAGCUUUUCUCUGUCAAAAUUGCUCACUUUCUAGUGGUUUUUCGAUCAUUACUCCAUAUUUUGAAGACGAAACCGACCCUCGUCGACUCCCUCAUCCGACUGCACAACAACGCGUGUGCUUUCGACGACGCCGAGACGAUUUUGAAACAAGAACGACGAUUUUCGUCGCUUUUUACGCUUUAUGAGUCGAGGAAAAAGCAUGAUUUGGGUGAGAAAUUGAUGAAAAUACACUAAAUUCAUAUUUUUUCAACUUCUGGACGGUUGUUUGAAAUUUGAUAUGAAAGGACCUUUAGUACAAAUUUUUUCCAACCUUUUUUUACGUCCGCUAAGACGGAAUGGACUAAAAAAAAGGAAUUUUUCUGCUACUUUUUGUGAAAAAAUAUGAUUAUUUGAAGCUCUAGAAGUAGUUUUCAGAACUUUUCAUAGAUUUUCAGGAAUCUCAUCACUUUAGACUAGGAAAAAAAAUUGUUUAGGCCGAAAAAAAAUCCAUUUUCCAGCCCUCGAACUUCUCAUGGAACAAUCCCGGGACCCAGAAGCCGAACCAUUCUUCGAAGGUACCGACAAAGUUGUCGAGUACCUUCAAUCUCUGGGAAAUUCCAACUUACCGCUGAUUUUUCGCUACGCGAAAUGGGUCUUCAGCAAGGAUUUGGAGGCCGGCGUUUCGGUGGGUGGUUUUUGAGAAAAUAGGGUAUUCUCGAAGGCCAGAGUCGCCCCUAGAGGGGCAUUGGAAGGUCCGCUGUCGGGAUCGUUUUACCUCCUAUAAGGGCUUGCAAAAGUGGCCUCUUUAGGGAUCUUUUAACCACCCCCUAUAGGGGCACUAAACCUUGCAAAGGAGGCCACUUUAGGGGAGCAAUCUAGUGGUUUUUAUAUGUCUUUUCAACAUCCAAGUAUUAAAAUGAAUUUAAAGACCCCUAUAGGGACCACUCAAUAUUUACUGGUCCCUAAACCCAUAUAGGGACCACUUUAGUUUCACCCCUCUAGGGAGCACAUUUUCUCCUCUAAGGGGCUCUUUUCUACCCUUAACCACUCUAGGGACCACUUAGGCGUUCCUAAGGUAGUCAAACACAGAAUGGCUCCUAUAGGGACCACUUAAGCUUUAGGGACAUAUGGGUCAGUCUUCGAACCUUUAUUGGGACCGCUCUAAUUUCACCCCUCUAGUGAGAACUAUUUCUUUCCUAAUCCCUCUAGGGACCACUCAGAUAUGCUUAAAGUGGUCAAACUCAGAGUGGUCCCUAUAGAGAUUACUCAAACCUCUAUUGGGAUCAUGUUCAACCCUCUAGGGAGCACUAUUUUCUCUCUUAAACGGGCUCUUUUCUACCCUUAACCCCGGUAGGGGCCACUCAGGCGUUCCUAAGGUAGUCAAACUCAGAGUUUGUCCUAUAGGGACCACUCAAGCUUUUGGGGCUUAGGGGUUAGUCCUAAGAGUCCCUUUUAACCCUCUGGGGAGCACUAUUUUCUCCCCUAAAUGGGGCUCUUUUCUACCCUUAUCCCUCUAGGGACCACUCAGGCGUUCCUUAAGUGGUCAAACACAGGGUGGUCUCUAUAGAGAUUACUUAAACCUCUAUUGGGAUCAUGUUCAACCCUCUAGGGAACAGUAUUUUCUCCCCUAACCCCUCUAGGGACCACUCAGGCGUUCCUUAGGUAGUCAAACUCAGAGUGGUCCCUAUAGAGGCCUUGCAAGCUUUAGAAGUUUGGGGUCAGUCCUAAGAGUCCCCGUUAACCCUCUAGGGAGCACUAUUUUCUCUUCUAAAGGUGCUCCUUUUUUCCCUAAGCCCUCUAGGGAUCACUCAGGCGUUCCUAAUCAAAAACGAGAUUUUUUGGUUAAGAUCUUCACCGGAGACGAUUCGGAAUUGGCGAGGAACUUGGAUCGAAGGGCCGUCGUCGAUUUUCUGAGGGUCGAGUGUGUUCAUGCGGUUAUUCCCUAUUUGGUGAGGACUGGGAAUAUGGCAAGAGAGAGUUUUCCUUCACGUGGCAAGCUCGAUGAGCCCGGAAGGAGGAGUUGACUUUUAAAAAUUUCAAAAAGUUCGGGGUAAAGUCUUCAUUAGAAGUGGUCGCUCUCAUUACCGAGGCUCUCACCUGGAGCACGGUCUACGGGCUUCAGCACAAGAUCUGAUAGAUUCUGAGCUAAUCGAGGUGCAACUGGAUGGACUAGGCGUUGGAGAACAAGGCGAAUGACCGAAGGUCAUGCUUUCAACUCGAUCAACUACACGCUAGGACUUCUAGUUUGCCAAAGGCGGCUGUUCGUUAUAACUUCAGGAAAAAAAAAGAUAAAGUUUUCACUUCCCGGAGGUAGAAGACUGGGUGGAGAGGUUGGCGGCCUUUUGAAAAGGUCUGAACGGAUUUUGAAGACCUUCGGAAGGAUUUCUUGCUGAAAAUAUUUAAUCGAAACAACUUAUGCGCCUUUAAACCUACCGAUGGCUCUCCAAAAGUAAAGUGGAGCAUAACUUUGGAAAGCCAAAGGGGUCCCUAUAGGGGUUUGGAGAAAAGAACAGCCUUUUUGUUGAACGAAAAGUGUUCCCUAUAGGGAAAACAUGUUUCUCUUAAAAGAUGUUCUUAUAGGGUUUUAGGUCUGAUAAUGCUCUUUUAAAUUUAAAAAAAAUUUUUGGCCGUACUUCAUUUUUCGUAUCUAUUAGGACCACUAGAAUGUUCCUCUAGAGUGGCCACUUUUACAAAUCAUCCCCCAUAGGAAGAUGUAUGGGGAUCCCUUGAGAAGAACCUUUGGGCUUCCACUAAAGUGACCACUCGGGUGUUUUUGAGAAUUUCAAGUUUGAGUAGACUAAAGCUCAAGUGGUCCCUAAAGUGAUAAAUAAUGCGUAAUGAAGCACAUUUCUGUGAAUAUUUUGUCUUUUAGGAACACAUCAUCUACAAAUGGGAGGAGUCUGAAGCAUUCUACCACGAAGUUCUCGUCGAACAUUACGUCUCCAAGGUCAACGAGCUCUUCAAAUGCUAUGUCCACGCGUUUCCUGACGGUUUCCCGAAAAAAAUUGAAUUGGAAACGAUGAAAAUUCAGAUGAGAACAUGACGAUGGCCGGCGACGAGGAAGGCGAUUUGGGCCGUUUUCGGAAAAGAUUGCUCAAAUUCCUGCAGUUUUCCAACGCCUACAGCCCCCAGACGAUCCUCUUGCAGUUGACUAGUCAUGGUGGGAAAGCAAAUUUGAAACCCCAAAUAGUGCUCCCUUUAGGGGAAAAAAUUCAGGCGGUUUCUGUAGGGGUUUAGAGUAGGAAUACUGAACCCUGAAGGUCAAGUGGCCACUAUAGGGACCUUGUAAAUUUUUUUUUUCUGAUUCGAAGUUCAAAAAAUACCUGUAGGGAACACUAGAAUGCCUCCCUAGAGUGACCAUUGACUAAAUUCUUUAGAGGGGCCACUUUUUCAAGCUUUAAUGACACCUAUAGGGAAGAUAAAGGUCCCUAGAAGUGCCUUCAAAGUCGCCCCUCUAGGGACAACUCUGGCGUUCCCGAGUAGGUCGAACAACGACGAAAAGGAAGCGUUGAAGAAAAAAAUUGAUAAAAGUCCCCCAAAUGACAAAAUGCCCCCCUUUUUCCCAAAUGGAAAAAAAUAAGCUUUGAGCUUCAUCUAGGGAUAGAGUCCACAACCUCAUAAUUCGACUUCUGGGACUUCUCUAGUAAACCCCAGACUUUUCCAGCAAAACUUUUUUUAUUAAAACUAGAGAUUCGAUUUCAUUUUUGGGCCCUGAAAUGAGUAAAACUUGACGAAUAGUUUGCCUUUUCAAGGGACUUUUUGAUUUAUUAGCUCAUUUUUUGACAUUUCAACGAUUCCUUUGCAACGUUUCUUUGUAUUUUGCCCCUAAAAUGUCGAUAUAAAUCCAGUUGAUUGGUCAAAAUCAGGCGAUUUCAGCCUUCUACGAAGAAAGGGCUUUGAUCCUUGGUCGGCUAAAACAACACGAACAAGCUUUGAUGAUCUACACAUCGAUCCUGAAGAAUCUGCCGGCCGCUGAAAAAUACUGCGAACUUUAUUAUAAUCGCCACGAUGAGGUCAACUCCCAGGUAUCUUUUUUCACAGAACGAAAAAACGUUUCCGAACUUUUUUUUUGUUCUUAUCAACUUCAGAGGAGACACUAGAGAGAUUAACAGCCCUAUAGACUCCCUAGAGGGCUUAAUUUAGGUGAUCACUGUAGGAGCUCAAAAUGUGAUCCCUAUAGCUUAAGUGGUCCCUGUAGUGAUUUGUUUUUGCGAGCUUGUGCACCCCCCAUAGGGUAGGUAAGGUGGUCCCUUGAGGAUUUGAUAAGGUUUCCCCUCUAGUGACCACUCUGGUGUUCCUAAACUGAGUUUCCCAAAAAAAAAAGCCGGAGAAUAAGGACCACUGUAGAGGUUGCUUCCAAUCGCGCUCCAUGGAUAAUUUAGUCAUAGUUGAGAUUUUGGAUGUUUUUUUUCCGUUUUUUUUUUUCGCACUAUUUUCAUCAAAAAUGUUUUUCUGGUUCCUUUUUUAGAUUCGUUUUUUUCAAAAAGUAGAUGAUAAAAAAGGCCAUUUUUACUGGAAAAGAGUGCAAAUAGAGCCUGAAGAAGCUUUUUGGACUUACAGAGACUUGAAGAAAAAUUUGCUUGCUUUCUAAAAACCUUUGAAUAAACUCUGGUUCGAUCUCGAUCCCUUGGUUUUUUAUUCAUUUCCUGAAAUUUCGAACAAAUAGAUAGUUUUAAGGUGUACCUGAACUAUUUCCGAGCCCUUGUCCUGCCGACGGACUCGAACUCGCCGGCCUACUUGAGCAUCGACGAGGCCGAUGUCCCGCAGACCCAGCCCGACAUCCAUUCGGCCAUCAAGCUGUUGAGCAAGCAUGCCGAUAAGAUCAAUACUGGUUUGUGAUUAAUAAGCGGAUCAGUACUGUCCACACGUCGCCUGGAUCCCACCCCGUGGUGCGGCCUACCCGCCCCCCCAUCAAAAAAACAGUGCGGCCAUUUCAGUAAGUUUUCUAAUUUUUCUUCACUGCGUUCGUAAUUAUUAAGUGGAUCAGUACUGUCUAUUGAUUGAAAAUUGUAAAUUUGGUUUAUUCUCGACCUUUGUAGCUUAAGAAUCAUUAACUUCGGAACUUUUCGUCUUCCUAGGCUUAAAAAUAAGCGAUGGUGUAGUGGAUAAUCUGUUAAACUGGCAGUUUGACAACCAAGGUUCGAUCCCCAUCCAGGAAGUUUUUGCAGCGAAGAAUUGGAAGUUGGUUUCUCAGAGCUCGUUUUGCUUACAGAACCUCUUUAACUCAUAAAACCUGGUUUUUACAGGCUCCGCCCACUUUCAGGGAUACGGUAGAGAAAAUUAUUAUGUGGAUAAAUACCGUCUAUUGAAUGAAAAUGGCAUGAUUUUGGUUAGUUCCCGACCAAUGUAGCUUGAGAAUCAUUAAUUUCGGAACUUUUCGGCUUCUUAGGCUCGAAAAUUAGCGCUGGUGUAUAAAUUUGAACUCUUAGGUUUGACUUCUAUAAGGAAUUUUUUGCCAUGAAGAACAUUUUUUGCCCCUUUUUGUUGUAUAAUUUUGGAGUUACGCUUCUUUUCUUGAGUUUAGAAGUGUAAUUAUUUGAUUUUCUCAUCCUACCAUUGAUCUGAACGUCUCAAAAUCUCAAAAUCGAGCAGAUUGAGAGUAAUAUUUUGUCUUUUUUUCGUUUUUUAAAAUUCUUUUUUCAGUUUCCGCCUUGACGAUGCUCCCUUCGGACACUCGCCUGAGAAUCGUUUCCAGCGCCCUGAAUGCGGUUCUUCAGACCGCCCAUGAUAAGGCGACUUCGGUAAGACAUCUUUAGGAGAAAAGAAUAUUUGGAAAGUGCGCUCCAAGGGACAUAACCGGUAUUGACGCUUGGCAUUGUAAUUUUAAAAAAGUUCAAAGGAAUAGUCUUCAACCUUCUGAAGGUUCCCCUCUAGGGAUCAACUCGCUCUUCUGUAUAAGGUGCUUGCAAAAGUGGCCACUUUAGGGUCCAUCCUUUUAACUGUCAAAUAAGAAAAAGUUUUAGUGGCUUAAGGGUCCAUUUCCUAGAGGGACAACUUGAAUUUUACCCCUCUAGGGACCCCUUUUUAGGCUCUUUCUCCGUAACCCCUUUAGGGACCCCUCUGGCCUUUUUUUAGAGUUCAAUUUCAGUGCGCCCUGCAACGUUGCGUCAGCGGCUGUGCCCUGGAGAAAAAAGAAGCAAAAAAACGGGCGGCCGAGGCGACGAAAAUCCUGGUGAACACCUCCAGCGAAUGCCAAGUCUGCCACAAGAAAAUCGCCUUGAGGUUUGUUUUUGAUAUGAAAAGCCAUUCCAAAUGCGACCAGAAAUUUUUGCUGUUUAAGUAAAUUUCAUGUCACUUAUCUAGUACAAAAAGAUCGGUCGACUUGGAUUUUAAUAGUUCAAAAAAAAAUUGACCUGAAUUUUAGUAAGACUGAUGUGAAAAGAGGGCAGAUUUGGCCUGGUUAACGAAAAAAUCAGCCAUUCCAAACGCGACCAGAAGUUUUCUGACUAAGAGCGGUUUUUAUAUGAUAAUACGGUCAUUCGGAGUUGAUUGGAAACUUGGAAAAUUUGGAAAAAUCACCCGAUUUUUUUGGUUUUUGAUGAUAUUUAGGGCUUUAAAAUGACUUAACAGCGGUAAAAAUACGAUAAAUGUAGAAAAAUUCGUUAUUUUGAGUUUUUUAUCAAUGGAGCAAACGUAUUGAGGCUGUUUUUUCUCACCAGAAUUUCCUGAUUUUUUUUCGAUUUUUCAGUUUUUUCACAGUCAGAGGCUUGGUUUACUUGAAUAAAAAUGAUAUUUCACUUUAAAAGGCCUUUUUCGAUAGAAUUAUCAUUAGAGCGCACUUUCUGAAGAAAUUAUCAUGGGGGCGCAACUUCUGAUGAAAAUUAUCAUUGGAGCGCACUUUCAGAAUAAAUUAUUAUUGGAGCGUAUUUUCUGAUGCCGUGUUCAAAGUAAUUUCCGCGAAAUACAGAAUUAUCUCUGACUCUCCAAAACUUAGUUAUCUUUUCCUUUCUCUAACGGGCGUUUUGAAUUUCGUGGAUUCACUUUGAACACGGCUUGAAUAAAUUAUCAUUGGGACGCACUUUCAGAAGAAAUUAUCAUUAGGGCGCAAUUUCAGAAUAAAUUACCAUUGGGGCGCACUUUCAGAAGAAAUUAUCAUUAGGGCGCAAUUUCAGAAUAAAUUACCAUUGGGGCGCACUUUCAGAAGAAAUUAUCAUUAGGGCGCAAUUUCAGAAGAAAUUAUCAUUGGGACGCACUUUCUACGAUUUUUCGAGUUUUUUAUCCAAAAAUAUUUUUUAAGCGCAUUCGUACGUUAUACGGACGGUUCUCUGGCUCAUUUCUACUGUUACAACGAUUCGGCGCCGGAAAAACUUCGAACCCUCGCAAUGCCCAUUUCACCGCCUUAA